GCAUCUUCCUCCCCUCAAUCCGAGCCUGUCUCCUCUCGGACUUUAGAUCCGAAGCAAGCGUGCGUAGACUAGACGCGGCAAACGAUCGGCCGGCCGAAGAGGCAAGAUGACCUCCACCUCGCUUCCCGCAGGAUGCGAGGCCGACUGCCGGGAGAGUAAGCUGAUGCUGCAGACUCCAUGCUGAGCGUCCGUGUGUGCGUUGCCGUGAUGCCCCUGGUAGAUUGACGACUCAGCUCUUUCCUUCCCUUCCUUCCUCUUGCUACAAUUGACGCUUAGUAUCUCCCCAAGCUACGUUGAGAGUAAGUUCAAGCAAAAUGUCGAUCCCACAGGAGAAGACAAAUGUUAAGAUCGUGUUCGGCACGAUGACCUUUGGUCGUGAGGGCGUGGAGCAAUCUCGAGUCCACUCCCUCAAGGACUGCCAAGCCAUCCUGGAUGUCUUCAAGCAACAUGGACACAUCGAGCUCGACACAGCUCGCAUGUACGGUUCCGGUAGCAGUGAAGAGUACCUUCGCGAUAUGGGCGUUGAAGCUCAAGGAUUCAAGGUGGCUACCAAGGUCUUCCCUUCUGCUCGCAUGCCUGGUCGACCUGGAGAUUGGACACCCUAUGAUCACACUACUGAUGGUGUGCAGAGGGCUCACAGUGACUCUUCCAAGGCUCUUGGCACAGACAAGGUAGAUCUCUACUACCUUCAUGCCCCCGAUCGUGAAGUCAAGUUCGAAGAAACGCUCGCUGCCAUUAAUGAUCUGCACAAAGCUGGUCACUUCUCCCGCUUUGGAAUAUCAAAUUACAAGGCUGAAGAAGUAGAGGAGAUCAUCUCCAUCUGUGACCAAAAAGGUUAUGUCAAGCCAUCCGUCUACCAAGGUUUGUACAAUUCCAUUGCUCGUAGUGCAGAAAAGGAAUUGAUUCCCGUACUGCGCAAGCAUGGAUUGAGCUACUAUUGCUAUAAUCCCCUCGGUGGUGGAUUCUUUACUGGUGCUAUUACCGCACCUGACGAUAAAGUGGAGAGUGGAAGUAGAUUCGAUGCGACGAAAUGGCAAGGAGCAUCCUACAGAAAGCGCUACUAUCGAGACGAGUACUUCAAGGCUCUCAAGGUCGUCAGGGCCGCUUCUGAAAAGGCGGGAUUGACAAUGGCAGAAGUUGCACUGAGGUGGAUGCAGCACCACUCGGCCCUCUCUACCAAGGAGCAUGGAGACGCCAUCAUCAUUGGUGCUUCCUCUCUCAAACACAUCGAGGCUAAUUUGGUAGACUUUGAGAAGGGACCUUUGCCACAGGAAGUAGUACAGGCAGUGGAUGAGGCGUGGAAGAUUGUAGAGCCCAACGCUCCUCCUUACCACUUCUGAUCGGCAGGAUGAGAAUCCACAAUAUAUUGAAUACCAAAACGGGAAAUGAACGAUGCAAGUUCGCAAAAGAAAUUGCAGAUGAGAUCGUUGCUUUCACUGUGCAUUGCUAAAGUUACUACGAAACGCCG